AUGGCAAGCACGUCAGGAGUGCUUGUCGACGACAACGUGCUAGAACUACUGCGGAAAGCGCAACUGGAUGAUUAUACAAACAAAUUUGUGUUCAUUUUCAAUGUCAGACGGUUCGAUCACUUUUCACAUGUACGGGACAAAGAUAUGCAGAGUAUCGGUAUGCAGCAGCAACAAAUCAGACAGUUUCACGAACAGGUUCUCAAAAUGUCCAGAGAGAUGUGGAAUCGCAGUGACCCAAAACAAGUAUACGUGGCAUCGGAUCAGUCCACACCCAAUCAGAGCUCCAUUGAUGAGAAAGCUUUGAUACCGAAUGAACAGAUCAAGCUGUUCGAAUUACUCGGUGAAGGCUCAUUCGCUGUUGUGAAACGAGGUACUUGGACACAAAGCAAUGGACAACGAGUUGAAGUUGCUGUCAAAAUCUUGCGUGACAUCUCCCCAAAUAUUAUGGAUGAUUUGAGAGUUGAGGCGAGCCACUUGCUCAAACUACAGCAUCCAUCGCUUAUUCGACUGUAUGGAAUUGUUCGCCAACCGGCAAUGAUGGUGUUUGAACUUUGCGAGGGAGGAUCGCUGCUUGAUAGACUGAGAGACGACAAGAAGCCAAUUCCACUCGUUUCACGUCUACACGACUAUUGCAGUCAGAUUGCUAAAGCUCUGCAAUUUUUGGAAUCAAAACAUUGCGUACAUAGAGAUGUUGCGGCUAGAAAUAUCCUUCUUGCCAGAGAUGAGAAGACAGUUAAAAUCUGUGAUUUCGGAUUGAUGCGAGCUCUCAAAGAAAACGAGCAAAUGUACACUAUGGCACCACAAAAAAAGGUCCCAUUCGCAUGGUGUCCACCCGAAGCUCUCCGUCACCGAAAAUUCUCUCACGCAUCGGAUGUAUGGUCUUAUGGAGUAACUAUCUGGGAACUGUUCACAUUCGGAGAAGAGCCAUGGGUUGGAUGUCGUGCCAUUGACGUCUUGAAGAACAUCGAUGCUGGAGAGCGACUCGAAAAACCAAAAUAUUGCUCUAACCGCAUAUACCAAAUCAUGACUGAUUGUUGGAAAUCGAAUCCGGCGGAGAGAUGCAAAUUUAGUGCAAUUCGAGAGGACUUGAAGGCGGCCAUGUUUCUUGAUGCAACUGCCAGAGAGACAUACAAUUCAAUUCAACCGGGAGCACUCAUUUUGGCAAAGGGAGAUGAAGUCGUUGUUGUUGAGAACACCGGACAAGACUGGUUUGGUCAGAACAAGAAGAAUCAAAAGUUUGGAACAUUUCCGAGAUCAGUGGUGUUCGCACAAACGAAUCACGCGGUGGCGGCAGCGAGCGCUGUAACUCCACAGAAAAUUCCAACUGCGCCCACGAUCAGAAUGCGACCAGAACAAUCUCUCCAGCCGACACCACUUGCCUACACUUCAAAACCAUUGAACAAUAACACCAAAACGUCAUUGAACGACCGCACGUCUAGAAUUUCUAUGCCCGUUGCAGGUUCCUUCAUUCAUACCGGUCACGGUGAUCCACUGGGUGGUCAAUCCUGGGGUAACCCAUCGACAAUCGAUGAUACCUACCUGAAGAAUCCCGUAAAAGGAGUCCCUCUGUCCAGUAUGUCCAAUGGCGCUCAGGUUAUCGCUAGUAAAGAGCUGCUGACCAACGGAGGCAGAAGCACGCACACACCUGCUGCUCCAUCCACCAGUGACAUGUCCAAAAUUCGUGGUCUUUCCCUCGAUCUUCCGGAAUAUGACGACUUCGACAGAGCCUUCGACGAUGGAUUCUCUCCAUCAAAAAUCGAGUUGCCACGGGAUUUUGGAAACGACAGCAUCAUCAGUAACGGAAGCAACUUCAGGUCUGAAGAUUUGUCAAGUACUAUUCUGAUUAAAGGUGAAGAGAGAAGAGACCCGACAUUCGAUAUUCGAGGAAAUGUGCUGAAGCCGACGCCAAUUGCGCCGGUUCAGAUUCCAUCAACCACACACGCACCACGACCAAUUUUGUUGACUCCUACGAGCACUGGAGUGAUGUCAAUGCAACUUCCAGAUGGGUUCAUCACUCCACAACCACAUGGUUCUGCUGUCGUCGUCGACAAACCCGACCCAUUGCGGAAUCAGCCCCGUCAUGUGAACUCUGCUAGCUCUCGGUUGGAUAGCAUGGCUCAGCCCAAUAUCCCAACACAUUUCACUCAACAGCCUCAAAAGCAGAACAUGCCCACCAACUUGAUUCCAGAACUUCAACACCGAUUGAAUGCGGGAAGUGAUAUGAUGCGUCCUCGUCCAGCUUCUUCAAUUGGCCUUCAAAACAAUGCGAUGGAUUCUUAUAAUCCUCAGAUGAAUCGUCCAUUUUCUGUUGUCAAUGUACCUUCUGUUCCUAUUGUGCCACAGCAACCUGCAUCGAUUCCGUGUCUUGUUCCUACUCCAGCUCCAAUACCUGCACAUUCUUCAGCUCCAAAAACGUCUGUUAAUGGUCAACAACAGAAUCCACUCCAGAAAGCUUUGACUGAAGAAUUGAGAGGAAACUUGAACAGAAGACCGACCAGUGCAGGUGCAUCGACUACAUCAAAUGGAGCUUCCAACUUGAGAAAUGGUGUAAACACAUCGAUUCCACCAACCACUCAACCUUCCCUUCAACCACAGAAAUUACCAACUGCUGUGGUGCAGAAACCAUUCCAGCCACAACAAGUGAAGCUUCCUCCACCAACACAAACGAUGCCUUCAACAUCGGCUCCAAUCACCACGGUUCUGUCAGUAGUAUCCACUACCGUACCAGUGCAACAAGUGUCUACUCCACGUCCAAUGACAGCUUCAACAGCUCCCAUCAAAAAAACAUCCGUUCCGGCAUCCACUGUUUUGGGUUCUUCUGCACCAACUACGACUGCCUCCACCUCAAGCUCCCAAAAUGUGGUCACCAGGCGCCCAACACAAACAAUCACUAUGUCAGAUGAAGAGAGAAGGUCUAGAAUCAUUCAAGACGUGGCUUCGGCGCUUCCAGCUCCAAGUGCUCUUCUCUUGGGAUCUCAGUCAGCUGCCUCAUUGCCAUCCGCUGCUGUCCCAGCUGCAACGUCUUCCGGAUCAUCCAACAGAGAUCGACCAGGACGGACCACACCACUGUCUCAGCCACAAGUCACGAUGCCACCGAAGAAAUCCUCUGAGCCAGUUCUUUCGACCGAAGUACUUCAACCAACGCGUUUGCCAUCUGCUGCAAGUUCUGUGUCAAAACCAGUGUCCCAACCAGUGUCACAAGCUAUUCAACAACCGGUGCGCAAUCCAUCUCCACCAGUGAUCAAUACCAAUAGACAAUCUACAUUUGUUGACAAGAAACAAACUAUUCCAUCACAUUCGACCAAUGUGCCGCUUUUCAACAUCACCAACUCGAGCAACAUGUACCCACAACUCAACAGCUAUCCGAACUAUGGCAACGGAUAUCAACCGUAUGGCUAUGGAAUGAACUAUCACUCAGGCUACCCUGGUUACACCGGAUACACACCAUACACCAGCGGCAUGGGCCAACUUGCUCUGACUCACAACGCUGUGAGCUCUCUUCCACCAUUGGUACCAUCGGAAAACACUGGAACUGCCCAGCCACUUGAUGAUGCUGCCAUUAUGGAACUUUUAGGAGAACAAAACAGACAAGCUGCUGCUGCCCAAGCUGCCGCUCAUACUUCUCGUGUAGCAUCAUCUGCUCCUACUUCUGCACCAGUCACCGCUCCAAGCACUGCUAGAAGCAACGACUUGAGUAUGGCAGAUAGAAUGGAGGUGUUGUACAAAGAAGCUGAUUUCACUGAUAGCGGAAACUGUGACACGAUGGUGAUGCGAUGCAAUGGAGACACCGAAAUGGCUUUGAAGUUGCUCAAACAGAACCAUUUGGUACAAAUUGGUGUGGCUAAGAACGAAAUGGUGGCACUUCAAGCUCUCGAAUCUCGUCAGUAUGAUCUCACUGCGGCCGCUAACUUGCUCCUUGGCUAA